AUCGAAAAACACGCGUCCUUCUUCAACUCUCGUUACCGGCGUAAUAAGUGCUCUCAAGUCUCAACCUGGCCUCGCCGGACCUCCGACUUCAUGAUGGACCCGAAGUUCGCCGGAAAUCCAAUUCCUACAUCCCCGUAUUACGGUGGUGGUCGAACCGAUAUUGAUCAGAUGCCUGAAACACCCAAUCGUGGGUCUCACCACCGACGGGCCCAGUCGGAGACAUUCUUCCGGUUUCAAGAUGAAGACAUCCUCCUUGACGACGUCGUUGCUGACUUCAACUUCGCCAAUAUCGACCUCCCUUCUUUCUCCUGCGAUGCUCCUGUACCAACCACCACCGAAGAUUCGUCAUCCAAGUCUGAGAGAGAGUCCUCCGACGUCAACGCCGGUCAAUUGACGCCGAGGAAGUCCAUGGGGUACAGUACCCAUCUCAGGAGUCUCUCAGUGGGUUCUGAUUUCUUUGAUGGUUUUGGUUUGGGCUCUGCCGCCGAGACGGAGAAGGUCGGCGAUGGUGGUGCUGCGUAUCGUCAUAGGCACAGUAAUUCGAUGGAUGGGUCUGCUGCGACGUCGUUUGAAGGGGAUUCUGUGUUGAUGAUGUUGGAUAAUUCAAAGAAAGCACUUGCACCUGAUAAAUUAGCUGAGCUUUCUUUAAUUGAUCCCAAAAGAGCUAAAAGGAUUCUUGCAAAUAGACAGUCUGCUGCUCGAUCAAAGGAGCGUAAAACAAGAUAUACCGGUGAGUUAGAGAGGAAAGUGCAGACCCUUCAAACCGAAGCAACAACCCUCUCUGCAGAAGUCACAAAGCUGCAGCGGGAUACUAGUGGCUUAACGUCUGAAAACAAGGAGCUCAAACUCCGGUUAGAAGCAAUGGAACAGCAUGCCCAGCUUAGAGAUGCUUUGAACGAAGCGCUGAGAGAGGAAGUUCAGCGUCUUAAAUUAGAGGCGGGUCUUAACGGGAUGAACUAUAACGCAUCAUUGCCACCUCAAUACUCAUCACACGGUCGGCAGCCACUUCAUAACUAUCCUAACCCGAAUGCCCAGCAGCAACAAAAGACCCAAAAUUCAAAUAACAACAACCGGCUGAAACCGAGCUUCAUGGACUUCAAUUAAAUGGGUAAAAAGAUGCAGAAGGUAUGGUGAUAUAUUACUAUAUAUGUUGUAGAUACAUAUGGAAAUGUAUACACAAGUAUUAAUGUUGAAGAGGAGCAUUUGGCCAGAAUCAGAUAUCGUUGAAGGUAGUGUUUGUGCAUUAAGUGGUUGUUUAUGUCUGUUUGAUCCAGAUCUUGUGGCCAUGUUAUUGUUAUAGGGGUAGCGACAAUAUUAUAAGAGAUUCAGAAUGUAAAUUUUAUGUACUGGUACUCCUACCAAUCAUAUUCUCUAUUAUUAUUGUUAUU